UGUCACAAAGACCUAACCUGCAUUGUGUAAAUCGCGGCUUACCUAUAGCUAGGAUCAUAGGUUGGUAAGAAAAGAUACAAAAGCAUAGCACGUCCCUUCAGCUACAGACAAUUUUGCUUUUUUGCUUUCUGCUGUUAGCAUCAAGUCCCUAUCGGGUGAUAGGCCCUCCCUUGCCUACAUCUAUCUAUUGCCUGCUUUUUACCUCGCGCAUAGAUUUUAACCCUUGACUUACCCAGAUCAGAUCGAUCACCACGGAACACGCACGGACAACACUCUUCUCAUUCCCACAACCAACCAUGGCUGACGCCGCGCCCGAUACGGCAAAUCCAGCAUUCACCUCAAAGACUUCAGGCGGUAACAACGCUUAUCACAACUUUCACAAUGACUUCUUGCACAUCCAAGAUCCUAACGAGCGCCGUCGCCUCGCGCUCGCUGAGAUCGACAAGGCUCCCUUCGGGUGGUACCAUGUCAGAGCUUGUAUCGUCGCCGGUAUUGGUUUCUUCACGGAUUCUUACGAUAUCUUCGCCGUUAGCUUGUUAAACACCAUGUUGGGAAUUGUCUACUACCCGGAGCUGGGCAAGCUGCCUAACUCUUCUGACAAUGCUAUCAAGCUGUCGACGUCCGCCGGUACUGUUGUUGGUCAAUUAGUUUUCGGUUGGCUUGCGGACCACGUUGGACGAAAGCGUAUGUACGGUCUUGAGUUGAUUAUUAUCAUCUUCGCAACUCUCGGCCAGGCCCUUAGCUCCGGUUCUCCUUCGGUUAAUAUCGUCGGUCUCGUCAUCUUCUGGCGUGUCAUACUCGGAGUCGGUAUUGGUGGAGAUUACCCGCUAUCCAGUAUCAUUACUUCCGAAUUCGCUACGACGAAAUGGCGAGGAGCUAUGAUGGGUGCCGUCUUUGCUAUGCAAGGUAUUGGUCAGCUCGUCUGCGCAUUCGUCAUGUUAUUCGUUACUCUAGGCUUCAAAGAAGCACUGUCCGUUGCACCGCGCACCACUGAAUGCGACGGCUACUGUGCCAUCGCCGUCGACAAGAUGUGGAGGACUCUGAUCGGCUUCGGCGCUGUCCCGGCCUGCAUUGCUCUCUACUACCGACUGACGAUUCCUGAGACUCCUCGUUACACUUUCGAUAUUGGCCGCGAUGUCGAGAAGGCCGCCGACGAUGUCAAGGCAUAUAUAUCUGGCAAACGAGAAGGUCACCCUGACGACGUCGCCCGUAUCCAAGCUCGCGAGGCUGCCCAGGCCCAGAUGACCAUCCCGAAGGCCAGCUGGAGCGACUUUUGUCGUCAUUAUUCUAUCCCCAAGAACGGUCUACUUUUGUUCGGCACUGCUGGCUCGUGGUUCAUGCUUGAUGUGGCUUUCUACGGCCUCUCUUUGAACAAUGCUGUUAUUCUAGAGGUGAUCGGCUAUUCUACCGCUACCGCCAAGAAUGUCUACGAAAUCUUGUACAAUACAGCUAUUGGUAACCUUAUCAUCGUCCUGGCCGGUGCCGUCCCGGGAUACUGGGUUUCGGUUGCCACGCUCGACACUCUCGGCCGAAAGACCAUCCAGAUGGGUGGCUUCAUCAUCUUAACCAUUCUCUUUGUUAUCAUGGGGUUUGCUUACAACCACAUAUCUAGCAACGGACUGCUCGCCAUCUACGUCCUCGCGCAGUUCUUCUUCAACUUCGGUCCCAACAUGACCACUUUCAUCGUCCCCGGCGAGGUAUUCCCCACUCGUUACCGAUCGACCUCGCACGGUAUCUCGGCCGCCUCCGGCAAGAUCGGCUCUAUCAUCGGCCAGGGCGCCAUCUCCAUCCUUCGAACGCACGGUGGUACUAAGGACAACGAGAACCCUUGGAUGGACCACGUGCUCGAGAUUUAUGCCUUGUUCAUGCUCCUCGGCAUCUUCACCACGCUCUUCAUCCCCGAGACCAAGCGCAAGACCCUCGAAGAGCUCUCGGGCGAGGAUCAGCCCGCGCGCCUGCCGGCUGCCGAGGCUAGCAGCCAGAGCAAGACCGCAGAGUCUCUAUAAAUAUAUUUUCCUUGUCUUUUUGAGAGACGAAUGUUUCGUGCCCGUACGCGGACGCGAAGAACGUUGUGACGAAGUCGUGGACUGGCCGUGCUGCGGUGAAGGUUCUAUGGAGAUGAGUAUCGUCUGUUAUGCGAACGGGGGCGGUCUAAUCGGCGUACGAUGACUCUGAUACGAACAACAUCUGGUCCCUUGUGUUUUUGUAUAACAUAGAUUAAUAUACCCAGUUCAAUCAUUACAUUUUUUUUCCUAUUCGUCUAGCUACCUAAGGGACUUGCUUAUUCUAUUUGAUUCUUGUGGCUAGCUCUGGUGUAGCAUUUUUAUACACAAUUUUACUACCAAGCGAGUGAUCGUGAUUUGCUAACUUUGAGGGUAUGAGGUA